AUGAUGCGAGUUCUCGAGGCCAAUGCGCCUCCCAAGCAGACAGCCACCGACACCAUCAGCACCCUGAGUGGCAGACUGACGAGCGCAACCCUCCUCGAAGACCGCCGCGCUGCUAUUCUCGGCCUCCGCAGCUUUGCAAAAGAAUACCCAGCUUCGGUUGCAUCUGGUGCUCUACGUGGGCUUAUUGCUUCUCUCACGAAAGAUGGAGAGGACGUGGACACGCUCAAGGUGGUGCUGGAGACACUGCUCAUGCUCUUUCACCCAGACGAACAAAGUCCCGAAGCUUCAGAAGAAAUAGAACUCUGGCUAGCAGAUCAAUUCUCACAACGACAAGACAAUAUAACCCUCCUCGUCGACCUCCUAGAGAAGCCAGACUUCUACGCCCGUCUAUACUCUUUGCAACUUAUUCGCGCCAUAUCCCAAGCGCGACCCCAAAGAACCCAGGAAUGCGUACUCACCGCGCCCGGAGGCAUCGAACGCCUCGUAGAUACCCUUGACGACCCCCGCGAUGCCGUUCGCAACGAAGCCCUUGUCGUACUCACCGAAUUGUCGCGAACAUCUCCCGAACUACAGAAGCUCUUCGUCUUCGAGGAUGCCUUUACUAAGGUCUUCAACAUGAUACAUGCCGAUGGCGGCCUCACACAGGGCGGUAUGGUGGUGCAAGACUGUCUGAAUCUAUUGGCUGCCCUCAUACGCUCCAAUGUGUCGAAUCAGACCAACAUUAGGGAAAUGGGACAUGUUGCGCGGUUCGCGGCUCUCUUGCCAGGCGGCAAGAAACCGAAGAAGGCGCGCACGGCUGCAGAACAGGAAGAUGACUGGGUCAGUCCGCAAAGUGACAAAAACAUCUGGGGGCUGUUGGCCAUUAUGCGCAUGUUCCUAGUCAAAGGAAACCCAGGCACACUGCAAAAUCAGAAUGUCUUCCAGCAGAACGGCCUCGUCCGUCAACUCCUGAACAUCGCUUUUGAUCCUGCCACAGCCAUGCCCAUCAAGAUCGAGGCACUCAAUACCUGUGCUGACCUAAUUAGAGGCAACGCUCGUCUACAAGAAGGAUUUGCCCAGGAACAGGUCAGGCCAAUAGUUGAAUCCGCCACAAACGGUCUUGUCUCUCCCAACAGUGUGGCCUCGGUAUACGUUAUCGAAGCGCUCCUCAAUCUCGUCCUCUCCCCAGCCCCAAAUGAACUCUUUGACUUGCGUAAUGCUGGAUGCGAGUGCAUCAAAGCCUACUUCUACAACCAUGUACAGAUCCAAGAACAUUUCCUGAACCGAGCCAUAGGAGGCCAUGAAGGUGGUGACGAAACAGCAAAUGCUCUGACCAUCCUCAUGGGCGGACCACAAGUUCCUCCCACCGGCGACCCCUACAGAAUCUGGUUCGCAGCCAAUCUCAUUUACCACCUCAUCUUCGACGACUAUCAAGCAAAGGAGACCUUGAUGCAAGUCAAAGAAGGAGAUGCCGAAAGCGGUGAAGAGGUCGUCACGUGCAUACAGACUCUUACCGCAAAUCUCAUCGCAAGUCUACAACUCGGUGAGGAUGAACGCAUAUCAAUCGCAUAUCUUAUGCUUUUGCUAGGCUGGCUGUUUGAGGAUGCUGCCGCAGUAGAUGACUUUCUGGCCGAGGCGAGUAGCUUGCAAAGUUUGGUACAGGCCGUUUUGACACCUGGCGAAGAUCGAGUCUUGAUUCGCGGUCUCUGUGCAGCACUACUGGGUGUUGUGUACGAGUUCUCAACAAGGGACUCACCUGUGCCACGACGGGAGCUUCAACCGGUUCUGACAUCAAAGCUCGGCCGCGACAAGUACCUCGACGCUAUCACGGGACUUCGACAUCAUCCGCUUGUGCGCGACUUUGAGGUCCUCCCACGUAACAGUGGCAGUGGUGGCAGCUUGCCUGAUGUCUUUUUCGAUGAAGCUUUCAUUGAUUUCCUCAAGGAUAACUUUAGUCGCUUAUCUCGAGCGAUCGACCGCAAUCCCAACAUAGAACAGCAUCAUUCGCAUGAUGGUGUUGACCGGGAUGUAGUUGAUGCACUGCGCGGCGAAAGAGACGAGAAGGAGCAGACCAUACAAGAGCUCAAGGCACAGUUGAUGACCCUGGAACAGAAGAUCGACCAGGAGCAGGCUGAGCAUCGCAAAACUCAGCAAUCAGCCGAAGAACAACGCAGCACACUCAAGCGUAUCAACGAUAAGCUACAUGAGGAUCUUGACAAAGAAGUCGCAAAAAGAGACCGCGAGUUCCGACAGGCCAUGUUAGAGACGGAGAACAGAUAUAACCUACAGAUCGUGGCACUCAACAACAAGGUCCAACAAGCGAGCAAAGAUGCCAAUCUUGCCGUCUCCAAGGUCCGGCAAGAAUACGACGAACAGCUGCACGGUUCGAACAGGGCACGUGAUGAGCUAGAGAAGCGACUGGCUGUUUCAGACAAAGCUCGUCAAGAGGCAGUGGCAACAAUUCGUAGCCUAGAGGAAAUGCUGCAACAAACGCGCAUUGAAGUGGCUACCAUUACGGAAACUCUAAGUAAUGCACAGUCACAUGUACAGAACAGCGAGGCGCAGCUGAAGCAGCUUCAAGAAGAAAAAGAAUCACAGAUACAACUACUCAGAGAAGAGAAGGAAGCGCAACUCAAGCAGUCCAAAUUGGAGAAGGAUAAUCUCCAGUCGACCAUCGACAAACUCAAAGAAGAGGUCCAAGAGCUCAAGACAAAAGCGCAAGACCAGAUAUGGAAGGUCAAGGACGCAGAAGAGAAGCUGCGCAAAGCCGAAGCGGCAGCAGUCACCAAGUCGGCCAAAGAAAAGGCAAUCACGGAUCUCCAGGAGAAGCUACGUAAAGCGGUUGAGAGCGAGAAGGAAAAGACUACUGAGCUUGAGGAUUUGAUUUUGGUACUCAGUGAUCUUGAGGAGAAGAGGAGCAAGGACAAGGAACGUCUCAAAGCCCUUGGAGAAGAGGUCUCCGAUGACGAGGAUGAAGACGACGAAGAUGAUGAAGAUGAAGAAGAAGAAGAAAAUGACGAUGAAGAGGAAGAUGACAAGUAG